AAGUGGAGCAGCAUCGUUUUCCUCAGGAUGAGUUUCAUAUGGAGGAGUGUCUUUAACAAACCGCGGCUCUGCCUCGCUCCUCCCCCCCGCCGGCUGCUCCACGUCGGCCAGCGAGCCUCCCUCACCAAAGCCUUCUCCUCCCGCGAUGUGGAGCUGUUCGCCGAGCUGACCGGCGACACCAACCCCCUCCACCUAGACCCAGCCUACGCCAGCACCACCUCUUUCGAGGCGCCCAUCGUCCACGGCGUCCUCAUCAACGGCCUGAUCUCUGCUGUGCUCGGCACCAGGAUGCCCGGCCACGGCUGCGUCUUCCUGCACCAGGAGGUCCGCUUCCCAGCGCCGCUGUAUGUCGGCGAGGAGGUGCUGGCUGAAGCCGAGGUCCUCAAGAUCAAGAUGUCGUUCGCCUUGAUCACCGUGACGUGCUCGGUCAAGGACAAGGUGGUGAUGGAGGGGGAGGUGAUGGUGAUGAUGCCCGAGGAUCAGCAGAAGAAGCGUUGAGAGGAGGGAAGUACAGAGGUCAGAGGUCACAGCACCCUGACACUAAACGGAUCAGACGAUGCAUCUGAUGCGACUGUUGCAGUGAUAAAAAACGGCCGCUGCAGCACAAACUGUGCAGCUCGGCAUCUCUGGAAGUAAUUUAGUUUUGAUUUGAUGCGUCUUUUCUACACAGUAGAAUUUGCACCAUGUUGUUUUCGUGCUGCCAUUUUUGCUGUGAUUUGAUUAAGUACUUGUAUCGUGACAAUAAGAAGAGCCAAUGGACACUUACCAGAGAGACAUGUCAGUCAGUUGAUGAUUUAUCGUUGAAUGUGUGUACUUUGUUGGCUCUGCUCUAUGUUUUGUUUAAUGUGUGAAACUUUAAGUAAAACUUUUCAAAUUUGUUCAAUCCA